AUGUCGAAGAGCUUGUUAAGAAAUGGCUACACAAAGGCCUCUCGUCUGCUUAGAAAUACUCCUAAUAAUAAAGGAAACCCAAAAGACAAAAAAGAUUUUCCAGUGCUAGAAGAACAAUACCAUUUUGCAGCGAAAGAAAAUGCAGAAGAAAUGGUGGAGCGACGUGAGUCCAUCAGAGAGAAGAUUCAAGCACCGAAGAAAGAGUUCAAGGUCUACCGGUGGAGCCCAGAUGAGCCCAACAGGAAGCCAUAUCUCCGAUCCUAUUUUAUAGACCCAUCAACUUGUGGACCCAUGGUAUUGGACGCGCUGCAGAAAAUAAAAGCGGAAGAGGACUCAAGCUUGGCUUACAGGAGGUCAUGCAGGGAAGGGAUAUGUGGUUCAUGUGCAAUGAACAUAGAUGGGACCAACACAGUGGCAUGCCUCAAGCCCAUAGACCCACACACCUCCAACCCCACAACCAUCACUCCUCUCCCUCACAUGUUUGUCAUCAAAGAUCUGGUGGUUGACCUCACCAAUUUCUACCAACAGUACAAGUUAACAGAGCCAUGGUUAAAGACAAGAAAGCCCCCUCCGGACAGCCGAGAGUACAGGCAAACACCAGAAGAGAGAAAGAAACUAGAUGGACUAUAUGAGUGCAUACUAUGUGCCUGUUGCACAACUUCUUGCCCUUCCUACUGGUGGAACCCUGAUGAAUUCUUUGGACCAGCUGCGUUGCUCCAAGCUUAUCGUUGGAUUUCCGAUAGCCGAGAUGACUUUUCAGAUGCCCGGUUGCAGGCAUUAACAGAGGACAAACGGCGCUUGUAUAGGUGCAGGACGAUCAAAAAUUGCACAGCCACUUGCCCUAAAAGUCUCGACCCGGCGGCUGCGAUCCACAAGAUGAAAGCUAGGCACCUGCUUUCUCUGCCAAUUGAAGGCUGAAUGUGAGGAGAAUACCCCGCCUUAAUACGUCACAUUUCAUAUUGUGCUCUCCUCUCCCUUUUCUGUGCUUUCCACAUUAGGUUAAUUAGUUGGGGUUUGAAUCAUAUAUUGCUUCUUGAAGUUAAUUUGGAUCUUAAUUAUAUGGUCAUUUGGUUUUAGACUAAGAUUGGUGUGCGCUUCUUUGGUUAAACAAUACCCUAAAAUAU